AAGUUCUUGCAUGAUUUACUAACUCAUAAGAAAAAAAAAAAUCAUUUUGUGACAAGUCUAUAAUGGCGAUGAUCAUAGGCUUUCUUGAUAUUUUCAUAGCAUUCAUUUUCUUCCUUGUCUUCCGUUGUCUCUUGCUUUACAAGCAAACUCACAAGCCUUUGCCCACGAACUGGUCGGUUCUUGGGAUGCUUCCGGGUCUGCUCCUCCAAGUCCAUCGUAUCUACGACUGGAUCACCGAGCUCCUUGAGGCCACCGGAAUGACGUUUUGCUUCAAAGGACCAUGGCUAAGUGGAACUGACAUAUUGCUCACUGUUGAUCCGGUGAAUAUCCACUACAUCCUAAGCUCAAAUUUCGUUAACUACCCUAAAGGAAUGGAGUUUAAGAAGAUAUUUGAAGUCAUCGGAGAUGCCAUUUUCAACAUCGACUCGGGUAUGUGGGAGGACAUGAGGAACUCGUCUCAUGCCAUUUUUAGCCGUCAAGACUUUCAAAGGCUUUGGGUGAGUACAAGCGUGAGCAAAAUAAAUCAAGGGCUUGUUCCUAUCCUUGAUAACGCUGUUGAGAAAAACAUCCUUGUCGACUUGCAAGAUGUGUUCCAGAGAUUCUUGUUCGACACGUCCACCAUUUUGAUGACCGGGUAUGACCUAAAAUGUCUCUCCAUUGAAAUGCCUAAAGUUGAUUUCGGUGGCGCUGUGGAUGGAGUUUCAGAUGCAAUUUUCUAUAGACAUGUCAAGCCAGCUUUCUUGUGGAAGCUACAAUAUAGGUUUGGUGUUGGAGUAGAGAAGAGGUUGAGAAGAGUCCUCGCGGUUUUCGAUGAACUGCUCGAGAAGAUCAUAUCGGCUAAAAAGGAAGAUAUCAAAAGUUAUGACACAAAAGGAGAGGUGACAGAUGUAUUAACAUAUUACAUGACUCUAGACACGGUAAAGUAUAAGCACUUGAAAACAAGUAACGAUAAAUUUCUCAGAGAUACUAUUUUAGGUUUCUUGAUCGCGGGACGAGACACAACCGCCUCGGCUCUCACUUGGUUUUUCUGGCUCCUCUCAAGAAACCCUGAAGCAAUGACCAAGAUCCGACAAGAGAUUAACAAGAAGAUGCCAAAGUUCGAUCCUGCGGAUUUAGACAAACUCGUGUAUCUACACGGUGCCGUGUGUGAGACGCUAAGGCUAUAUUCACCAGUCCCUUUUAACCACAAGUCACCGGCAAAGCCAGACGUGCUUCCAAGUGGGCAUAAAGUCGAUGAGAAUUGGAAGAUAGUCAUCUCAACUUAUGCAUUGGGGAGGAUGAAAUCUGUAUGGGGAGAUGACGCAGAAGAGUUCAGACCAGAGAGAUGGAUUUCAGCCAGUGGGAGGCUGAAACAUGAACCUUCGUAUAAGUUUUUGGCGUUUAACGCUGGUCCAAGAACUUGCUUGGGGAAAAAGUUAACGUUCUUGCAGAUGAAGACAGUGGCUGUGAACAUCAUACAAAACUAUGAGAUUCAGGUCGUUGAAGGGCACAAAACCGAACCAGUUCCUUCUGUUCUUCUUCGCAUGCAACAUGGUCUCAAAGUUCGUGUAGCUAAGAUUUGAUUUUAUCGGUUUUCUAAAUAAGUUGUUUAGAUAUCAAGACAAGCUGUGCUUGUGCCAAUUGCUUAGUGCUUACCACUGUUUUCUAAACAUAUCUUAUGUCAUUUACUGCUUAUCAUUUCAUAAUAUUACGUAUGGGGUAUGGGUGUAUUUCUUUUGAGUUGUUAAAUCAUAUUCAUACAUUUAAGUACAAAUUAACCUUGGAGAUUUUUUUACCAGCUCGAUCACAGAUAUUUCUGAGAUGAAUCUUUUGGUUUGGUACUUUAGUUCCAAUUUUUUCCCCUUUCUUUCAAUUUAAAUUUACAUAAAAGUAAGAAUAUUCACAGGUUUUUUAACAGAUGAGGCUUCGAAGACAAAAUACAUUUUUCACAUAAUCUGAAUUCAGUCUUUGCAGACAAAAAGAUAGGUGGGACCGUGGGAAUUGAAGAGGUAGUUGGUUGCUAAAUGAUAAUGUCAAGAGAAGAAACCACACUAAGAGCAUGUUUAUAGGGAGCUCCUGAGGUAGGUGUCUUAGUAAAAUUAGGAUUUAAAAAAAAAAAAUAGUAAUUAAGAGAAAGGACGUUGCUUAAAUAAGGGCUAGAACAACCGUGUCUUAGAAACACCUGUUCUAAUUGUAUUGGCCAGAGAUUUUGAGAAGGAAACAAAAAAACGUUCCCUACGAAGAAAGAAAAGUCGAGACCCUUUGGUUUCUCUAUCUCCCCUCUCUCAGGUGCUCCCGGACGAAGAAAAUCGCAUGCUGAAUCGAAAGGUAAAGCUUUAUUGUUUUGUUUUUGUGUUUGAAUCCUUUGAUUAUGUGUUUGAAUCAUUCAAUUAUGUGUUUGAAUCUUUCACUGAGAUUCUUAUAAACUAUGAGAGAUGAUGAUUUCGAAAUUCUUUUUUUAUGAUUAUUGCUGGAUGUGAGUCGACCAUCCGUGACAGAAGCUGAAAGGUUGAAGCUUAUCUCCAAAGGAUGUGGUCCUAAAACCGUAGGCAUGUGAUCUUUUUGGUUCAGUUAAUUUGUAGAAGAAAAAUGAUCUGAUUGGUUUUUAACCACGGUGAGAAGGGAAGGAGAAUCAGGGAGUUGACAUCUCUUGUGGAGAAGAGAUUCAGGUUUCCUCAAGACAGUGUUGAGCUUUACGUUGAGAAGGUUGCCAACAGAGAUCUCUGUGCCAUUGCUCAGGCUGAGUCUCUCCGUUACAAGCUCUUCGGUGGACUUGCUGUUUGCAGGUAUGUACAUUUCAUAAAAAUAGAUGCAGUGUAUCUGUAAAACCAUGUUAGAAACCUGAUAGCUUCACAUAGUGAUAUCAUCACACAUUAUAAUGUGGAACCAGUUACUUGUUGUGUGUGUAAUAUGGUACGAACUGAUGAAUACAAACAGUAUAAUCUGUUUCCUCUGUAGCCCUUCUGUUCUCUUCUUUUGGUCUCAGUUGCAAGCUUUUUUAGGGUCGUGUCCGAGUGUUAAGAUAGCUUUCCUUGUUGUAAUGUUCUGAGUUGCUAACUUCUUGCUUCUCUUUUGGUCUGAGAUUAUAAUAUAUUCUGAAGUGCAAGCUUUUCUUU